AUGAGUGACGAUGAGGAGCCACCUCCGCAGUGGACGGACGACAAACGGCCGACUGAAAGCGGUGUGGGAAACUGGAUUGACUCGCUCGCUGGCAGUCGGUUCGGUGUGGUUGUCACUGGGCCAAAUUACAUCAAUCACAGAAGCGCGCGAAAGCGAGCGUCCUUCUUGGAUUUCGUAGGCAACGGAUGGCGCCGCCACCGCCGAUGA